GAGAGAGACUUCGGGGGGAGGGAGGGGAAAAAAAAAAAAGAAAAAAAAGCCAACUCAUCUGACACAAACAGUGGGCCAAAGAAAGGGGAAGAGCAGGAGCAGCGCUGCCCAGAACGAGUGGAAAAUCAAAGUUGGAGAGGGUGAAGAGGAGUGUAAAGAGGACAAGACAGGGAGGAGAAAGAAGCAGGAGAGUCUCCACAGAGAGAGAGAGAGAGAGGAAAAAAAGUGUGAACAAACAAAGGAAGAAGAAAAAGGAUCAAAGUGGGGCCCCAACUUUUCACAGAGAGAACAGGAUGUCGACGCUGCCGUCAGAAAACAGCCCUGAAGAUGUCAACAAUCGCAGCUUCUGGAUGCCUGGGAACUAUCAGCGCACUGUGAAGCGAACAGAAGACGCUUUCCAGGCCUGUAAUGACAUCGUGGCGUGUUUCCAGGAGAGGGCUCGCGUGGAGAGGCAGUACGCCCAGCAGCUCAGUGAGUGGAGCAACAAGUGGAAGCCAGUGGUGGACUCCAGUCCUCUGUAUGGAUCUCUUCUGAAGGCCUGGCAGUGCUUCCUGUCUUCAGCUGACCGGCUGGCCUCCCUACAUGCCUCCAUCUGUCGCUCCCUGGUGUCAGAGGAUGGAGACCGGGUCAGGACCUGGCAGAAGGACACCUUCCACAAGAAGCUAUUUGGAGGUUUCAAGGAGUCCCAGGACAUUGACACAGGGUUUGCACGUGCUCAGAAGCCUUGGGCCAAACGCCUUAAAAAGCUGGAUAAAGUCAGAAGGGCGUACCAUAAGGUGAGCCGCAAGGAGCAGGCAGCCAGGGAGCGGGAGGCACAUGCUCAGGGAAACCCGGACGUAGCCAUCGACAAACAGAAGAAGAUCCAGGAGGAGAGAGAGCUCGCUCAACAGGAAGCUGAGAAGGUCCGUGCCCGCUAUGAGAAGGUCCUGGAGGAGGUGAACCGCUACGCUCCGCGCUACAUGGAAGAGAUGGAGUCCAUCUUUGACCAAUCACAGGACGAGGAGCGCAAGAGGAUUGUAUUUCUCAAACAGGCCUUCCUCUCCAUCCACAAACACCUGGACAUUACCAACAAUGAGAGUGUGAGGGCUGUGUACAAUGAGCUCCACAACACGCUGAUGGCCAUCGAUGAGCAAGAGGACCUUCGCUGGUGGAAAAACACCCACGGGCCCGGCAUGCCCACUGAUUGGCCACACUUCCAGGAGUGGACACCUGAAAAGAAAACCAAAAAAGGGAAGAAAGCAGGGGAAAAGAAAGGAACAAUAGAGAGGGGUGUGAUGAUUGGAGGAGUGAGAGUAAGAGCUUUGUAUGAUUAUGUUGGCCAGGAGACAGAUGAGCUCUCCUUUAAAGCAGGUGAGGAGUUUUUGAAGAUUGAGGACGAGGAUGACCAGGGCUGGUGUCGGGGGAUGAAGGAUGGUGGGUGGGAGGGCCUCUACCCAGCCAACUAUGUAGAAGUGGUGUAGUUGCAGCAUGCGGACUGAACGCGAAAGAUCUUGUUAAAUCUAGUACUUCUUUUUGCAGCCUCAAUAAAUGUCUAAAUGUCAGAAACAUAGAACCAGUGCUGUAAAAAUCAACACAUAGAAGCUGUUAGCCAAAGAUGAGAGUAUGAGCACACCUUUGUGGAUAUUUUGGCAUACAGAUAUUUUUUCAAACCACCUAGGUUUGUAAUCUCUUGAAGGAUUUUGAUAAAUGUUUUAAUAUAUGCAUAGACCACUUGUACCGAAGCCAUAUGAUAAACAAUGCUUUAAUGUAAAGUACUAAAAACAACAAUAUGCUGGACUCUACAGGUACACUAUAUAGCUAACCAUUUGGUGCUGAACUUGCAGUACAGAACUGCUCAUUUCUUUGAGAUGUUUUUUUUUUUUUGCACCUCAACACAUUGCUAUUCAAACUGUCACAAAGCCUCACAACAUAUGAUGAAAGUGACGCUGAUACUGUGAUCACAAUUAAUCCAAAGCAGCCGUACGAUUGGAGUCAGCUUGUCACACGUAGUUUGCUUCAUCACCUGCAUUUCUUUUCUGUUUGUGUGGUUGAAAGGAACAGUCUGAAGUUAUGAGGAGUGUAGUUGUUUGCUGUCUAACUAUCAGUUAGAUAAUAAUUUGAUAUCAGUGUUAUCUCUGUGUACUGAGCCCAGAGAGAAACUGCUAACCAAGCAGCAUCAACAAACAUCCCAGAGGCUCCAAUGCUGUCUUAGUUUGUACUUUGUUUACUUAAAGUUGCUUUCAUCAAUAUUUUUCUAUUAACAAUUCAUCAAUUGACUAUGUAUGGGAAAGGAGUGGAUCUUAUCGAGAGAAUUAUCUGUAGUUCCCCUCAUCUUUAGAGUGUUAUAGAAUAACAAAUACAGCUCCAAAUAAAUGGGAGUGUGAAUAUACAGUGGUCACUAAGGGUAUAAUACAGAGAGUAGAAAAGCAAUCCAAAUUAAAAAAAUAUAUAUUAUUGAUAUCAACUUCAAAGUUAAUUAUGGAAGUGUUGUCUUUAGUUUCUUUGCUCCAUUCCCUCAAAUCAGUUAGUCCUGGCUUAACACAUAGAAAUUGAAAUUCCAAAAGAAGGCAUUUUGGCUUUAGAAAUGAGAAUAUAUUUUUGUUCACCUGUACCUACCAAGCUGACCUGGUGACUGCUCAUAGCCUCUCGGAUGUUGUGUCCCUCACUAUGGGUUGUUCAGUUUUGUUCAAAAGUAUUGGUGACUUCUGGAUGUAAUCUUGUUAAAACAAACAAACAAACAAACAAACAAAAACCGAUCAGCCACAGCGUUAAAACCGACUGGUGAAGUAAAUAACAUUGAAUAUUUUGGCACCUGUCACAGAGUGUGAUAUACUGGGCAGCAAGUGAAUAGUCAGCUCUUGAUAUUGAUGUGUUUGAAGCAGGAAAAAUGGACAGCCUGAGGAUCUGAGUGACUUUGACAAGGGCCAAAUGUGAUGGCUGAAUGACUGAAUAAGAGCUUCUCCAAAUCAGCAGGUUUUGUGGGAUGUUCCCAGUACACAGUUGUUACCAAAAGUUGUCCAAGGAAGGACAAUUGGUGAACUGACGUGGGGGAGCAAAGGCUGCCUGUGUGAUCUUGUCCCACAGAAGAGCUACUGUAACAAAAGCUGCUGAAAACUUAAUGAUAGAAAGGUGAAAGAAGGUGGCCCAGGUGGCAGUACGAUGUUUUGUCACACUACAAAAAUGGCUUAGGAAUGGUUUGAGAAACAUGACGGUGUUCAAGGUGUUGACUAGGCCUCUAAAUUCCCCAGAUCUCUAUGUGAUCAAGCAUCUGUAGGAUGUGUUGAAAAAAUAAAAGUCUGAUCCAUGGAGGCCCCAACUCGCAGCCUCAAGGACCUAAAGCAUCUGCUGCUAAUGUCUUGAUGCCUAAUACCACAGGACACCUUCAGAGGUCUGUGGAGUCAAUGUCUCAGCAGGUCAGAGUUCUUUUAGUGGUACAAGGAGAAUAUUAGUCAGGUGAUUUUAAUGUUGUGGCCGAUCCAAUUGGCACAUAUUAAAGUAUAGCCAAAUAUAAAAGCACUUAGUCUUCAUGCAAAAGUCCAAGCUUAGAUAAAGAAUAAAUGAUUGCUUCCUGUUUUCUUUGUUAGGAGGCCAACGUAUGAUCACAAUAAAGUGCUGCCAAACAAAAAUGGGACUUGAUGAAAAUUGUACCCUCAUUCGAAUCAGUGCCAUCUUUGCCUCCACAUCCAGCACAAAAAAUUAAUAUUGAGUAUAUUAUAUAUUCCUAUUGCUUGCUGUACAUUAUCUUCUACACAAUGUAAAAGCAGAAGUUUUGGAACACAUACUUUGGAGCAAGACUAAAGUCUGUAGUCCACUGACUGCACAGUUGGUGGUUCAAUCAGUACCUCACACUGAAUGUCAAAAUUGGACCUAAUGUACAGACCACUGCCUUGCAGGGGAGCUCCGCCAUCAUCAAGUGUAAAUGGGUGGGUGAAUGAGACACAAACUAUAGAGCCAUUUUCCCGUUAAGGUAGAAAAUAAAGGAGAAGUCCAUUUACCAAAUUUGUUCAAUUUUUGAUGGAGUAUGGCUCGCCGUGUUUUUCCCAUCUUGCAGUUUUUUUUUUUAAAGCCAGGAGCAGUUAUCCACAAUGGGUCAAGAUAAUCUUAAUGUUGGAACUGGGUUCAUCUGUGGGAAAGAAGGUCCAGGUGUAAACAUGUCCUAGAUGUAAUGCUAUCUCUGCACACAAUGUUUGGAGAUGAAAUUGAUAUCACUCUUCUAUACGAGAUACUCUGUUUGAUGCUGAACAGACAUAGCAUGUCACACUGUUCCUUCAAGAUAGGUGCUGUGGAACAAAUAGUUUCCUUGUCUGUCUGUAAUAUCUAAACAUCUGUUGCUAGACUGUUACGUAUGAGACCUAUCACAGAAAGCAUCUUUACUAAAGUAAGGAAACAGCUUCCAGGUUUGCCUUGUCCAUACCCUUCUUCAGUAUCUCUGUAUGUGCUACAUGUCUUUGUCAUGUAAAAACUAUGAAUUUGCAAACUCCCUGUCUUUUUGGAAAUAAAAUUUGAAACUUUUACACAAAAAAAAAAAA